GCCGGCGCCGCCGCGUGACGUACGCGGCGCGGGAGCCGCCCCUCCCGCACGGAGGAGUCAGGCGGCCGCCCGCCGCGGCGGCCUCUGGAUGAGGACACUAGGCCGAAAGACGGUGUAGCUUGAUCGAAGUCCCAUACCACUUCACUAAGUGGACUCCAAGGCUCUAGAUGCCUUGGUCGUUACGCUGCUCGCCACAGCCGGAGUGCGGUGCCAGUUUAACCCACGCACUGUAGAGACGUGGAGACUAUCUGCCAGAGAGGAUACUGAGAAGUUUUAUAGUAAUUGUUCCAAGAGGGCAUGAUCAGCUCAUGGACAUUCUUCUGAUGGGUUGGUGGUGAGAGCCACAAUGGACACAGCUAGCCAUAGCCUUGUCCUUCUGCAGCAGCUGAACAUGCAGCGAGAAUUUGGUUUUCUGUGUGAUUGCACAGUUGCUAUUGGAGAUGUCUACUUCAAAGCCCACAGAGCAGUGCUUGCUGCUUUUUCUAACUAUUUCAAGAUGAUAUUUAUUCACCAAACAAGUGAAUGCAUAAAAAUACAACCAACUGACAUCCAACCUGACAUAUUCAGCUAUUUGUUGCACAUUAUGUACACGGGGAAAGGGCCAAAACAGAUUGUGGAUCAUAGUCGUUUGGAGGAAGGGAUUCGAUUUCUUCACGCCGACUACCUUUCUCACAUUGCGACUGAAAUGAGUCAAGUGUUCUCACCAGAGACUGUGCAGUCCUCAAAUUUAUAUGGCAUUCAGAUCUCAACGACCCAAAAAACAGCUGUCAAACAAGGGCUGGAGGUCAAGGAAGCUCCUUCCAAUAACAGUGGAAAUAGAGCUGCUGUCCAGGGUGACCACCCCCAGUUGCAGCUCUCUCUUGCUAUUGGGCUGGAUGAUGGCACUGCAGACCAGCAGAGGGCCCAUCCUGCUGCCCAGGCCUUGGAGGAGCACCAGAAGCCCCCCAUGUCCAUCAAGCAGGAGAGAUGUGACCCAGAAUCUGUGAUUUCCCAGAGCCAUCCCUCACCCUCUUCAGAGGUGACAGGCCCCACUUCCACUGAAAGCGGUAUCAAAAUACACCUAUGCCAUUACUGUGGGGAACGUUUUGAUUCCCGUAGUAAUCUAAGACAACAUCUCCAUACCCACGUGUCUGGAUCCCUCCCAUUUGGUGUCCCUGCUUCCAUUCUGGAAAGUAACGACCUUGGUGAAGUGCAUCCACUUAAUGAAAAUAGCGAGGCUCUUGAAUGCCGCAGGCUUAGCUCCUUCAUUGUCAAGGAUAAUGAGCAGCAGCCUGGCCACUCAAACCGGGGUACCACAGAGCCUUUGCAGAUCAGUCAAGUGUCUUUGAUCUCCAAAGACACUGAGCCAGUAGAAUUAAACUGUAAUUUUUCUUUUUCAAGGAAAAGAAAAAUCAGCUGUACUAUCUGUGGUCAUAAAUUUCUCCGAAAGAGCCAAUUACUGGAGCACAUGUAUACACACAAAGCAGUGUCUGCCAAAUGUUGUCUUCCUAGUGUUGAGUUUCAUUCUCCAAGACGGCUGAGACAUUCUCUAAUAGAGUUCUUGUACCUUCCAAUACUGAGUGAAUACAGGCUACCCUUUCCUCCCCAUAAUUUCUGCUUGCAAUUUACUAUUAAUAUUAUCCUAGGACUUUGUACCUCAUCACCAAAUGCUUCUCUUAAAUUUAUUUUACAACUGAUUAGCCAACUUGGGAGAAUGAACCUGCUUCCUCGCAGAUAAAUUCUCUUCCAGUAUUUAUAUAAUGUUGAAACUUUUUUCUUUGAAACAGCUUGGUGAUAUUGUAUCAAAAUAAUGGAAAUAAAGGAUCUUCCCUUAAGCUAUAAGAAAACCUUGGUGUCCUUUUAUGUCAGAAAUCUGAAGGAAUAGCAGUGCUCUGGGAGAGCUUCUCUGCACAACUGAACUGGUCCUUGCUCUCUUGGGAGCUGGGGGAGAGGCUUGUGCAGGAAGGAGGCCUGGGAAGGAGGCCUUCAUCAGCUGCAGUUGUUACCCAGUGUCUGAUUUAUGCUAUUACUGAAUUUCAGGAAGGUUCAUGUUAGGUUUUUGUGGACCAAACAGGCCUUUGAGGAAUGAGAUCUUGUGAAUUUAGCUCUGCCACAUUUUUCUGUAGUGGAAGCCAUAUGGUACUUAGUCCAAACCAAAUGUAGGAAAGUACCUAAUUAAAAAAAAAAUUUUUUUUUUGGUUUCUGGCAUUUGUACUAAGUUAGCCUUGUAGGGAGGAAAAUCUAAAGAACCUAUGGUGGUUCUAUAGGAAAAGGAUACAACAUUUGCAAAAUAAGGGAAAAGGUUUUAAAAUGCAGACCAAAGAUUCCAGUGGAGUGAGUCUCAAAAGAUUUUUUUUACUGGACCAAGUUCUCAUUUCCCAACAUUGCCCUUCUUUCACAUAUGUGCAUAGUCUGUGCUGUGAGCUUGGUGGUACCUGUCCUCUCUAUCACAACAUUUUAAAGUGUGGGAGGAAAGGCAUAUAAAUGGAAGGCUCCUUUUUAAAAUUUCAAACAUUUCCUGUUUCACUGUUAACAUCACCAGUUUUGCAGAUCUCUCAAACUGGUGGUUAUGUUCAGACCCACCACGUAGAGCCAUGCAAAUUAUGCACAAUAAACGCUAGGGGGCGCCACUCACCAAAUGCGUGCUUCUGGAGUUGGGCUGUAUAGUUUGAACAGCUGUGCAAGGUAGCCCUGCCUUUCCUUAUUCUGGUUUAAAUGUUGAGUCUAAGAAGCCCUUAUUUUGAAUUUCUGCAGCAAGUAGAAGUUUUCACUGAUGGAGCCAGGAAAUUAUAUUAAACUAAAAUACACAAGUGGUGUAAAGAACAAUGAAAUCAGAAUAAGAAAAAAUGAAUACUCCCUAGGUGACACAACUAUGUGUUUGUCAAAAUGUUAGAACUGUGCACUAAAAAGGGUGUAUUUUACUGUAUGUCAAUUGUACCUUAAUGAAAAAAAGGUUAAGACCACCCAGAUAAAUAUAGAAAGUCUUGGAGCUUAAUGAGCCAUGAUGAUUAUCAUUCAGUAUUAAUCCUUCCAUAGGUCAGAAAAAAACACCAGCCAGAUAUUGAGUAUAGAGAAGAACACCCAUGAAACUAAAAAGGUAAUUCUGAAAUUCACUCGGAAAUAAGCCAAAUUACUGAUAAGGCUGUUUGUGGCACAUCUGGAUAAAAGAUCUGAAAGGUUGACUUCUUUUCACCUGAAUUGAAUAGUGAGUUACCAAUUAUUUUGGCAUUCCGUGCAUGUUAGCCUUCACAGAGUACAAGAACAGUUUUAACUAGUUACUUUGAUCAGGGGGAUAGAAAUACUCUAGUUAAGUUUUGGGUUUUUAAAAAUAAUUUUAUUUAUUUUUGGCAGCGUUGGGUCUUCGUUGCUGCACGGGGGCUUUCUCUAGUUGCAGCGAGCAGGGGCUACUCGUUGCAGUGCGCGUGCUUCUCAUUGCGGUGGCUUUUUCUUGUUGUGGAGCACCGGCUCUAGAUGCGUGGGCUUCAGUAUUUGUGGCACGAGGGCUCAGUAGUUGUGGCUCGCGGGUUCUAGAGCACAGGCUUAGCAGUUGUGGCACCCGGGCUUAGUUGCUCUGUGGCAUGUGGGAUCUUCCUGGACCAGGGAUCGAACCCGUGUCCCCUGCAUUGGCAGGCAGAUUCUUAACCACUGCGCCACCAGGGAAGUCCUCUAGUUAA